AUGGCUGAAGUCCCCAGUGACCAACCAUCCUGGGCUAAUAAAAUUGAGUACCUCCUGGCCCAGGUGGGCUUCUGUUUGGGGCUGAGUUCCGUCUGGCGCUUUCCUUAUAUAUGUUUUCGCAAUGGAGGUGGCAGUUUCAUCAUUAUCUACAUCCUCAUGCUGUUCCUAGUAGGGAUUCCUAUCCUCUUCCUGGAAAUGGCAGUUGGCCAGAGGAUGCGUCAGGGCAGCAUUGGUAUAUGGAAGGCCAUCAGCCCAUGGAUUGGUGGUGUGGGGUAUUCCAGCUUCAUGGUAUGCAUCAUCGUGGGAUUGUACUUCAGCAUUGUCAUUAGCUGGAAUCUCUUCUAUUUGGUUCAGUCUUUCCAGUUCCCAUUACCUUGGACAUUGUGCCCCUCACUAAGGAACUCCAGUGAUCUUGAUCCUGAAUGCAAAAGGACAAGAUCUACAAAAUACUUCUGGUACCGGAAAAUAUUGAAUACUGCAGAUGAAAUGGAGAUUGGUGGAAUACCAACCAAUCUUGCAUCUUUUCUACUGCUAGACGGUGCAUUUUUUGGUCUCAAGAAUUUGUUGGCUGUCAAGAUUAUGGAGGGCCCAGGUGUGGCCUUUGUGGUGUUUACCGACAUCAUCUCUUUGUUUUCUGGACCCAACUUCUGGGCCAUCAUCAUUUUCUUGUUGCUGGUGACACAGGGGAUGAGCUCCUUGAUAGGGAUCAUGCAGGGCAUCAUUACCCCUCUCCAGGAUGUUUUCUCUUCCUUCAGGAGACAUACAAACCUGCUCACAGUGGGUGUCUGUGUGCCUAUGUUCCUGGGCAGCCUCAUUUUUGCAAGGCCUUCAGGCAGCUACUUUGUGAAUCUGCUGGAUGAUUACUGGAUUUCUCUGCCCAUCUUCUGCAUUAUCAUCUUGGAGAACAUGGCCAUGGCCUGGAUCUAUGGGGCCAGGAGGUUCCUUGCAGACAUGAUAAUCAUGUUGGGCCACCCCAUCUCCCCCAUGUAUCGUUGGCUGUGGUGCAUUGUGUCUCCAGUUGUGCUGCUAAUCCCGUUUUUGUCCACUGUGAUUAAUCUUUGUAUGAGGACCAUGACCUACCUGGCUUGGGACUCGAGUACUUCAAAAGAAGUGAUCCGAUCCUACCCAACAUGGGCUAAUGUCCUGCUCAUAUUUUUCGUCCUCGUAACCAUCUUGCCCAUCCCUGCCUACAGCGUGCACACCUUUAUGCAGGUGGCUGUUACAGUCACCAAGAUUCACAAUAGGGAUGAAACUAUCUUCAAGCCUCAAUCUUCAGAGGUCUCAUAG